ACAAUCUACAUUCGUAACGCCAAACUUGACAUAUGCAAUUUGCAAUGUUAUUCUUUUGCAAAUAAGUAAUGUCAAAAUAUUUUGUCAAUUAGAAAUUACAUACAAAAAAUCAUAAUUUUACGCAUUAAUUUCUUCUAUAAUCAAGUCACGCUGUACUGUUGUCACUUUACAAUAAAUAUAAACAUGGAUGAAUCUAUAGAAGAUAGUCCUACUUUAAAUGAUAGUAACACAAUCAAUGAAGAUAUUGGCAACAAACAUACUGACGAUGGAGAUGGCAAUGUCAAAGAAUUGGAUCAUUUAAAUGACCAUGAUUAUUUCACCGCAGCCCUCAUAAAACCAUCCAAAGCGACAAUAAAGAAACAAUGCAAACGCUUACUAAAGAUAACCCAAAUUAAAGCAGUAUACAACUGCAAAUGCUGCGGUUACCGUACUAUGAACAAGGAAAGAUUGACAAAACACCACUGCGGUCUAAUCAAAACUGAACCAUGCACAAAAUGUGAUUCGAAUAAGGUGCCAAAAGGGUACAAAAAGUGCCCAAAUUGCACCUAUAUUAGCAGAAGUACGGUUAGUUUGAAAAAUCACAUGCGUAUACAUGAAAAGGGUAACCCUUAUAAAUGUACGGAGUGUGAUUUCUCCGGUAAAGACUGCAGGUCCUUGAUCCUGCAUUAUUGCAGAACGAGGAACUUGCAGUGCAGUUGUGGGUACCGCACUCAUGUGAAGAAGCAUUUUGAAGCUCAUCUGCGGUCCCAUACCGGUCUGAAACCGCAUUCUUGUGCUAUUUGCAGCUUUACCUGCGUUGAUAAAGCGGUCUUGGCUAAACAUAUUUCGAAGAAACAUAAUAAUGUUUAGUAAUUAUUUGAUUAUAAAAUUAAGUUAUUGGAAAUUUUAGGCCUUAUAGCCAUCAGACCAUCACAGAUGAGGCCCAGUAGGGUUGAUGCCUGAUUUGAAGAUGCGGACUACCUAGCGGGUUUACAGGGGCUCCGGCUUGAAAAGCAGGAGAAGGAACGGGGUGGUCACAUUGGUACUUGCCGUUGGUAGGUUUAAAGCCCACACUUAUGCAUGAGAAGCGGGCGACUUAAACUUCCGGGUCACUACGACAAUACACAGAAUAACGCGAGCAACUCCUAGUUUUAAAUAUAUUUUACAAAAAGUCCCAUGUCUGCACAGGCCUUAGCCUAAGCAGAGGGGAAAAUCAUCCAAUAACUUCUCCCGCCUUGGGCGAGGCGAUAGGGAGUGACAGACUCUUACUGACUAAACACCACCCCGUUCCUACUCCUGCUUUUCGAGCCGGAGCCCCGGUAAACCCGCUAGGUAGUCCGCAGCUACGGAAAGUCCUUAGUCUAAGCUGUAGCUUCUAGUAUUAUAAAAAUGUAUUUGUUUUGAGUUCCUAUAGUAGUAUAUUUAUAACUGUAAAAAAAAAUGAAAAUUAAUUUCUUUUAUUGUAACUAGACAAGUUAUUUAGUAUACAGGGUAAAUAAACAAAGCUAGAUUCAGUACAGAGACAGUAGCUAUAGUUAUACUAAAUUGUACGCUUUGUAACGAAGCCAUAUCUUUUGUAACUCAGUCGGCGCUAGACAACCAAUGGUUGCUGUCUCUGUACUGAAUCUAUCUUUGUUUUCUUACCUGUAUACUGAAUAACUUGGCUUGUAAAAGUACUAUGUACUAAGUAGAUACUUGUAAAAGUAUUAGAAAAAUCUUUUUCUAAACAAAUUGGGUGAAUUUAGUAAAAAAAAUGCAACGUCACGCCUUUUAUCCCCGAAGGGGUAGGUAGAGGUGCACAUUAUGACACGUAAUUUGGUAUGACUGGCAAAAUCAUGUAAAAAUUCUUAUUGUAAUUUAACUGUAGAUAUAUUUAUUGUUAAUGUGUAAAAAAACAAUAUGAAAUAAAUGUUUUUAUUAUAAAUUAUUUUGUUUUAUUGGUUUAUUCUUAAGUUCAUUUCGACCGUAACAAUUAAUAGUCGUCUGUGAGCCAAGUCAAAGUGUUCAAGAUCAUACUUAUUGUUAAGGUCAAAAAAUAUUAUUGUUGAAAAAGUUGUCUCAUAGCUCGAUAGAUGGCGUUGCCGCAAUUAAAAGCGAGCUAUGGUUUCGUUACCGGCAAGACUAUAAGGUAAAAUUGAUUUGUAAGACCAAAAUAUAUACCAGCUUAGAACAGUA